UUUUGUGCGUUGGAUAGUUUGUUAUUUUCUUAUCUAUUCAAGCUGCUGUUACUUUACACUUCGACCAAAAGUUGAUAACAAUGUGGAAAUUACGACCUAUUUUAGUUACAAAACUAUUCAAUGUGCACAGUUACUCGAAGUGAAAAUGGCCAACACAAACAAUGUUUUUGCGUCAAAUUUACAUAAUGGAUUAGCAAAUGAUCAGCUCUCAUCACCUCACACCAAUGUUAACCCAUGGAGUAACCAACAUGGUGGACAAUUUAAUCCACCUUUUCAACCUAGUGUAAUGCAGCAACCCUCCAAUUCUUAUCAAUAUCCUGGUUCCUACAAUGAAUUUGGAAGCAACAAAGGUGGAAUGGAAAGUUGUCAAAAUUGGCUUUAUCAAUCAUCCUGCAAUAUGAAUAGACCAACCACAUAUGGUGGUCCCUCUCAAUUCCACUACAACCAGGUACCAUUUUCAUUAUUUAAUCAAAAAUCCCCCAAUAACAAGAAUUCACAAAACACUAUACAGUCAUUCAACUGUAACCAAAACCAACCAAUCUAUACUCAAGAAAUACCAGCACGGAACUUUGAAAAGACACCACCUGUCAAAUAUAAUCAACCAUCACCAUCUACUCAAGCUCAAGUACCAACACCUGGUUACAAUUGGGGGCAAACAACCUACAAUCAAGCACCACAAUCACACAAUUUUGAAAAGGCACCAACCCUUAAUUAUAAUCCCACUUUAAUAUCUGACCAAGCUCAUGUACCAGUGCCUGGUUAUAAUUGGGAGCGACCAACCUACAAUCAAGUGCCACCACCUAAUUUUUCUAAUGAUAAUGUAACCAAUGAAACUGCUAAUUUACCACUACUGAAUAAGCAAAAUUUAGGUUUUAAUCAUCCUCAACUAGGAAUGACAUGUCAGCAGCCUUACCAAUCAGAAGGAGGAUACAGACAACUCAAUAUGACAACUCAAACUGUAAAUGAGGACCAUGUACAUGUGCCUCAGAAAGCACCCAAAAGACCACACAUGCCUUCAAAAUUGCAAACUACUUUCAAAAUGGCAAAAAAAUCUUCUAGUCAUUUGCAUCAUCCACUUACCUCUACGCAAACUCUUCAAAGCUCCAAGUCUGCAAUCAGUACAGUGCAUGAUAUGGCCCAUGAAAAUGGUUGGACUCUAAAUUGGUGCGAGGAGUCAGAGGUUGGUCCACCUCAUGCCAAAGUUUUCACAAUCAGAGUCACUAUGGGUCCAUAUCAGUUAAGUGGGAGUGGGCGUUCAAAAAAACUAGCCAAACAAGAGGCAGCCCAGUUACUUGCGGCACAUGUUGCUGGAAAUGAAGUGGGUGACAUAAUUGGCCUUCCAGGAUUUACUGAAGAUACUGGGCAAUGCAUGCCACCUAAGAAUACUUCAGAGGCUUAUGGACCACAGUUGCCUUCAAGUGAGCAAUCCAAGACAAGCAUCCCCGUACAGAAUAGUGGGGACAACCCAAUAUCUAUGCUGGACCAACUAACUAAGAAGCAUAAGUUUGGUGAUCCCAAUUAUACAACUGUGUGUGAAAAUGGGCCACUUGCUUUGCAAAGGUUCGAAAUUAAAGUUACUGUUGACAGUAUGGAGGCAUCUGGACUUGGUCGCUCAAAGAAAGUAGCCAAGCGGAAUGCUGCUCAAGCCAUGUUGGACCAGUUGUCUAGAAAAAAACUUGGCAUAACUCCUCCAAAGCAGCAAAUCAAAUUUGUGAAAGCAUCAGCUGUGACCGAGUCCGAAAGUUGAAAUUUUCAAGGUUUAUCACAGGUGUGUUACUGUUUAGUCGAAUAUGAUCGACCCAUGUAAGAAAAGGCUCGUUGAAACACGUGCGUCUUUGGUAAAGACGUUUGUAUAUAACGAAAGAUUCUUUAAUAUAUAUAAAUACAUGUUUUGUUAUUUUCAAGCUACAAGUUGUAUAUCAAUUAUAUUACCAUACGUCGGGGGAUGAGCAAAUUAAAAAAUAUCGAUUGUUUUUUUGAAA